AUGGAGUCCAGAGGGAAGUCGGCCAGCAGCCCCAAGCCUGACACCAAGGUGCCCCAGGCCACCGCGGAGGCCAAGGUCCCCCCGGCUGCUGAUGGGAAAGCCCCCUCGAGCAAGCCUGGGAAAAAGGAGCCCCCAGCAGAGAAACAGGAGCAGACGGCAGCCCCGAACCCGGCACCUGCCAAGAAGACCCCUGCCAAGGCAGACCCUGCCCUUCUCAACAACCACAGCAACCUGAAGCCGGCCCCCACGGCCCCCACGGCGGUCCCCCGCAGUCCGGAUGCCACCGCAGAGCCCAAGGGCCCUGGUGACGGGGCGGAGCAGGACGAGACCGCCAACAGGGGCCCUGGGGGGCCUGGGGGCCGAGGCCCCUGGCCCUGUGAGAACUUGAACGUCCUACUGGUGGCUGGGGGGGUGGCUGUGGCAGCCGUGGCCCUGAUUCUUGGUGUGGCCUUCCUGACCCGGAAAAAAUAA